AUGCCAGGUAUUGAUCCCUUAUUUAUGACCCAUAAAUUGAAUGUGAACCCCGAGAGGAAGCCUAUCAAGCAGAAGAAGAGGAACUUCGCCCCUGAAAGGCAAGAAGCCAUUAAACAGGAGGUUGAUAAGUUGUUGGAAGUAGGGUUUAUUGAGGAAAUUCAGUUUCCGGAAUGGUUAGCCAACCCUGUCAUGGUCAAGAAAGCUAAUGGAAAGUGGAGGAUGUGUGUGGACUUCACUGACUUGAAUGACGCCUGCCCAAAGGAUUGUUUCCCUCUUCCAAGGAUAGAUACACUAAUAGACGCCACCGCUGGUCAUGAGAUGCUAAGCAUCAUGGACGGGUUCAGUGGAUAUAAUCAGAUCCGGAUGGACAAGGAUGACGUACCCAAGGUAUCAUUCAUCACCGACUUUGGUGUAUUAUGUUACUUGGUUAUGGCAUUUGGGCUCAAGAAUGCAGGAGCCAUAUACCAACGUCUGGCAAACAAGAUGUUUAAACAUCUGAUAGGUAAGACUAUGGAAGUAUACGUCGAUGAUAUGCUGGAAAAAAGCUUGAAUAAAGUGGAUCACCUAGAACACUUGAAAGAGGCUUUUGAAGUCCUGAGGACGCAUAAGAUGAUGUUAAACCCGGCCAAGUGUGCCUUUGGGGUUGGUUCCGGGGAGUUCCUGGGUCUAAUGGUCUCCAAGCGUGGUAUUGAGGCUAACCCUGACAAAAUAAAAGCUAUCCUCGACAUGGAACCACCCAAGAGUGUAAGAGAUGUACAGAAGUUAACAGGGAGGAUUGCAGCCUUGGGAAGAUUUGUAUCCAAGUCAGGGGACAAGUGUUUGCCCUUCUUCAAAGCAUUAAAGAAGGUCAAGAACUUCGAGUGGACGAAGGAGAGCCAAGUGGCUUUUGAAGAACUGAAAAAGUACCUGGCAGAACCACCUCUCCUAUCGAAGCCUAUUGAUGGUGAGGUCUUGUACGUAUACUUGGCUGUUUCAGAACAAGCAUUGAGUGUUGUACUAGUUCGAGAAGAGUUAAAAAUUCAGAAACCAGUAUAUUAUGUGAGCAAGGUUCUGCACGGGGCAGAGCUCAAUUAUUUGGUGAUUGAAAAGUUUGCUUUGGCCAUGAUUACAGCCUCGAGAAAGUUGAGGCCAUAUUUUCAGUCUCACAAAAUAGAAGUUUUGACAGACCAACCUCUUCGUAAUGUCAUACAUAGCCCGAAGGCUAGUGGAAGACUAAUUAAGUGGGCAAUUGAGCUCUGGGAAUUUGACAUUCGAUACAAGCCUCGAACAACAAUUAAGGCUCAGGCUCUUGCUGACUUCCUUGUUGAAUGUACCAUUAGCAACCAGGAAGUCGGGGGGCAGGAAGACAAGGUAGAAGAGCCCACCAGGGAAGAGAAACCUAAAGAAUACUUGCUGCUAUUUUUUGACGGGGCUUCAAAAACAAAAGGUAGUGGUGCAGGACUGGUGCUCCAAAGCCCUGAUGGCUUUACUGUGGAAUAUGCUAUUAAGCUAGACUUCCUAACCACUAAUAAUGAAGCUGAGUAUGAAGCACUGAUAGCUGGGCUUGGUUUGGCUAGAACCUUGAGGGUAAAGAACUUGAAAGUCUGUGGCGACUCAAAACUUGUAGUCUUCCAAGUGAAUGGUGAGUUCGAAGCUUGUGAGGAAGCUAUGUCAAAGUAUCUAAGGAUUGUGAAGACCCAGAUGGAACUAUUUGAAGAAUGCCUAGUAGAACAUGUACCAAGGGAGAAAAACACUAAGGCUGAUGCUUUGUCGCAAUUCGCAUCCUCUGAUCACGAGGUGUGUUCAGGAAGCGUUUAUUAUCAGGUUUUGAGAACCCCGAGCAUCGAAGCAAAAUUAUUCACUCCCAUUAAUACAGGGGCAACCUGGAUGGAUGAGAUUAAGUUGUAUCUGGAAAAUGGUCACCUACCGCCGAAUGCUGAUGAAGCGCGAAAGUUACAAGUAAGGGCCCUCAAGUAUGUGCUCAUUGAGGGGAUCCUAUAUAGGAAAUCGUUUGUUAUUCCUUACUUGAGAUGUUUAAGGCCGGAUGAGGCUAGGGAAGCCCUUAGAGAAGUUCAUGAAGGCGUAUGUGGCCAACACCUUGGAGGAAGGGCACUGGCCCAUAAAAUUACCCGUCUUGGAUUUUAUUGGCCAGAUAUGCUUAAGCAUGCCCAAGAUUAUGUGAAAAGGUGUGAUCGCUGCCAAAGGUUCGCACCAGUAGUACGGCAACCCCCUGAGAUGUUGACAUCCAUUAAUACCCCCAUCUCGUUUGCAAUGUGGGGAAUGGACAUCCUUGGACCGUUUCCACUCGCUAGUGCGGAAAGGAAAUUUUUGUUGGUAACAAUUGAUUAUUUUACUAAGUGGAUUGAGGCCAAACCCCUGGCCAAGAUAACCACCAAACAAGUUGCUCAGUUUGUAUGGGAGAGCAUUAUCUGCAGGUAUGGAAUACCACGAAUCAUGGUCACGGACAAUGGGGCUCAGUUUAACAAUGCUGAGUGUAAAAGUUAUUGUGAAGAUUACUCGAUUGAGUUACGCUUCACCUCAGUUGCCCACCCUCAAGCUAACGGACAAGCUGAGGUGGCUAACAGGAUAAUCCUCGAUGGACUAAAAAAAAGAGUUGAGAAGGCCCAGGGGUCAUGGGCCGAGGAACUACUACCAAUACUUUGGGCGUAUCGAACGACUUGUAAAGUCUCUACUGGAGCAACCCCUUUCCAAUUGGCCUAUGGAGCUGAGGCAGUUGUGCCCCUUGAAAUCACACACACUUCCUCAAGGGUCCAGCAGUAUGAACCCGAAGCCAAUGAAGAAGGCAUGAGACUUGCACUCGAUAUGAUUGAUGAAAUCCGUGAUGAAGCUCAUGCUAAGAUUGUGGAAAACCUGAAACGAGCUUCCUACUACUACAACCUACGAGUUAAAGAACGAUACUUUCGAGAAGGAGACCUGGUACUCAGAAAGAUUGAAGCUUCUGGGGUAGGUCCCAAAGGCAAGAUGGCUCCAAAUUGGGAAGGCCCCUAUCAAGUUAAGGCCGUUACAGGCCAUGGCUCAUACAAGCUUCAGACCCUCGAAGGAAUUGAAGUUCCCAGGAGUUGGCAUGCGACCAACUUAAAGAUAUAUUAUAUUUGA